UGAAUAUAGAUACGAGGUCACAACAAGCGGAAACAAGUUAAUAGCAAUUGCAACAAUGGAUUCGUACAAGAAUAUUACCGAAGUUGAAAUGAAUAAGCUCGUUCUCCCUUCGCAUACAAACGAGCGACAAGAACACUGCCUCAGUGGUGGACAACUUCUGAAGUGGAUGGACGCAGCAGCUUGUCUGUCGGCUGAGAAACACGCUCGAACUUCUUGUGUGACGGCCUCCAUCGACGAACUCUACUUUGAACAACAAAUCUACGUUGGCCAAGUGGUUAACAUCACUGCGAGAGUAAAUCGCGCUUUCCAUACAAGUAUGGAAGUUGGAGUGUCGAUAAGAGUGGAAGACCUGCUUAGUGGCGAGAUAAAAAAUGUUUGCAACGCUUUCUUUACAUUCGUAGCCCUGGAUAAGAACCACCAAAAACAGCAAUUGACCCCCGUGGUUCCUUUCACAGAGGAGGAGAAAUCACAAUACACUCUCGCCAACGAGAGGAGGAGAAUGCGUAUUCAAUACCCAGUCAACCUGAGAGAGCUUGCUAAAAAGCACAAUGAACAGCUUGACUGUGAAAUGUGCAGUUCGGAGAAUGAGACCCGCACUAACGGAGACAUUGUACCUGCUAAUACCUCGCUAGAAAGUGUAGAGCUAGUUCUUCCUCCACAUGCAAACCAUCAUCAAACAGCAUUCGGGGGUCAGAUCAUGGCAUGGAUGGUAGCCGCUUGCACCAUCACAGCUACUCGCUUGUGUCGGUCUUACCCGCAACUGGAAGCAGUCGAUGAGGUCAAGUUCCGUGGACCCAUCAAAGUGGGAGACCGAGUGGUCAUCAAGACGAUGGUGAACAACACGUAUGACGUCCAUAUGGAGGUGGGAUGUCGAGUAGAAGCUUACUCCAUCGGUGGUGAGGUGCGACAUGUAAAUAGUGCGUUCUUGAUUUUUGCGGCUCCGCGGUGCGGUGAUGGGAGAGGAGGCUUAAAAAUGUUACCCAAGUUAAGGAUGGGGACGGACGAAGAAAAACGACGAGCAUUAGAGGCUAUGGCUCGAAAACGCCUGCGCUUUGAGCGUGAACAAAUCCGCAAAUCUGUUGGUCCUGUGAUCGCCGUACCUUGGAACCAAUGCAAUGGUCAGUUGCUUAACUAUAACAACAUAGAGGCUUUGGUGAAACUAUACCAGCUAACAAAAUGGCAAGAGGUGCAAUCGUCUGAUGGUGUCACGCUCUCCAAGUGUGAAAGUGACAACUAUCUCUGUGUAAAGGUCUCGCUCUCUAUUCAGCUCCGGGCUGAAAUUAUUUUCACGUUACUGAGGGACGAGAAAGCCCGCAAAGAAUGGGAUCCUCUUUUGAUUAAAGUUCAAGUGAUGGAAGUCGUUGAUAACGAUGAUGAGAUACUCCAUAUGGUGCUAGAGAACAAGAUGCAUAACGCAACGAAACCAGAUGACGUAGUACUACUAGUGUCACGCAGAGCUCCAAGUGAUGGCAGAGACCACUUCACCAUCGCCUACCGAUCAGUAAUACUGACAACGCUACCUCCAUACCCACAGUACAACCGGAAAGAGCACUUGUGCUCAGGGUUACUCAUUAGAGAAACUGAGGGGCAGGAGGGUAAGUCUACUCUAACUUACAUCAAUCAAACAACACGUGAGUUACAGUCUUACGUCAUGAAAGAUUUGCAGGGUAUUACCAGCUUUUACGUCAAGCGGUUUAAGGAUCUUGAAGCAUAUCUACUACAAAUGGCGCCCAGGGUCUCUCUUACAUGAGGUUACUUGUGAUCAGUCCCUCGCUUCAGGAUAGUUAGUGAUCUGGAUUUUUGCGUAGUCAAGCCAUUCAAAGAUACAAUUUUUGAGUUCUGUGAUCUUUUAGUUGGACCUUGAGUUUAAUUCUUGCUAAUUUUAACUUUUAAGAGUAAAUUUUUGAGAUCUCAGUCUCCCACGAUUAAGGGGUGUGUGUAAUUGCACUAAACUGUAGCUUCGAAACGUUUCGCUGUGAUUACUAGUAUACAACGAAAGAAAUAUUUUUUGGAAAAAGGAAGUAAUGAUAAAGAAUCAAACUCACCUAAAAUGCCUCAGUCAGUUCGAAUGAGUUGCAAUUCCAGCCUGUUAAUACGUUUACACUUCAGAAAAUGUAACUUUUGGCAUUGAUUAUAAAAGGGGAGAAGUGGCGUUUUUAACUGUCCGCUUCAUUUGUUCACCUGCAUAUUUUUCCUUAAUAGUUUUUCAAAAGAAAACAGACGGCAAUGACAUCCAUUAACUUGGCAAUUACAGUCUCUAAGUGAAUAAAUAAAGUCUCUUAACUUUUC